AUGUGGAAGCCGCCGCUAAAUUUCAUCACCAUACAUUAUGCUUACAUUGUCACACUGAGCAUUUUUUCCUUAGUCGUUCUAUAUCCUUAUGGGAAUCUGAAAGCAAUCGACGCAUAUUUCUUCGGAGCCUCGUCCUGUACAGAAUCUGGUCUUAAUACCUACGACGUCAAGGAUCUGAAAACCUAUCAGCAACUGUUCAUUUAUGUCAUUCCCAUUAUCUCCCACCAUGCAUUCAUAAACAUUGCAGUAGUCCUUGUGCGUUUGCAUUGGUUCAGAAAACGACUCGAUGAGAUCGGUAAUAUGGCCCAUUAUCGCUUUGGGAUUUCUCCGAGUCAAGCUCCCACUCAGGUUCGACAUCGUCACGAUGUAGAAGCCAAGGCCUACAAACCCCUCGAAAAUGGGAAGAAAUAUACUAGCAACGAUCAGCAUAUAACUGAUGCUACUGCCCUAAAUGUGAUAUCGACUGGUGAACAUACGAACGAAACAGAUAAGCCCCAGGCUCAAACUGCCGAACCAACCGGUAGAAGCAUAUCAUUCGCAGCUGAUGUGAGAGGCUACGAUAAAUCAAAAGCCUUAUAUGUGCCGCCUCCGCAGGAGCGUGACAGGGGGAGACCAAUGGUAGAAAUUGACGAAAUAUUUAGUGACGACGAUGAAAUCACGAAGACAAACGAUUCCAAUUAUACUUCUUCAGCCUUCACCUCUUUGGCGCGGUACGUUUGCUUCGUUGGAUCCUACAUUCGGAUCCGAAAUAUCGGAAGUAUCUACAAGAGUGCGCUCAGUCCCCUGUGUGGUGUCCCGAAAACAUCACCGCUGAAGGAGCAGCUCAAUUUCCUUCUGAAGCAUCCUCGUCGAUGUUACACUCAUCUUUUCCCAAGUGGAACAACUUGGGCUCUCUUUGCGGUCCUUUUUGUCAUGAACUUCGUGGAUAUAAUUCUGAUGAUAACUUUGGACCUCCACAAUCCAGCUGUUAACGAUUUACCCUGGGGAAAGCGAAUUCUGGCUUCGUUAUUCCAAGCAGCGUCCACACGACACACAGGAACCGCGUCAUUCAACCUAGCAAAUGUAAACCCCGCUGUCCAAGUCAGCAUAUUGGUCAUGAUGUACAUCGCUAUUUUUCCCAUCGCACUCUCAACGCGUGCGUCCAACACGUAUGAACAACGGGCGUUGGGGAUAUACCCACAGGAUCGUGAGUUGGAUGAAUAUCACGGCAAAACUUACAUCUUGGCCCAUAUCAAGAACCAACUGACGUUCGAUUUAUGUAAGUACAGCGGGUUCUUCUUCCCUUCGUUGUUCCCUUCUCGUAACGACAUUUCUCCUUUCCUUACUAAAAUUACCCAAGUGGAAACGUCGGCCUCAGUCUCGGUAUCCCCGGCAUCAACACAUCCCUAUCCGGAAAAAUUCAGCGCCUUUGGCAAAUUGAUCAUGUGCGCCAUGAUGUUACGCGGCCGUCAUCGAGGUUUACCAUCCCAACUCGAUCGCGCCGUCAUGCUUCCUAGCGACCGCCUUGUCGAUGGCGAUGAGAAGGAAAACACUAUUGAGAUCAGAAACUCAACAAAAAUCAAACGCCAUCACACCCACUGA